AUGUCGAAACUCAUGAGGUAUAUCGUGUUUUUCUAUCUUGUUUUCAUGGGUGCCCAAUGGCUGUUGCGAAACAAGUCCUACACCAUCUCGCCAAAAGAGUUCAAGUCAAUUGCUUCCAAAGCUCACGGUUACCUUACUUUUUCAUUUUUUUUUUGUAUAAAAAAUGUUAAAGGAGCAGGAAGCAGUUCGGCCGCUGUUACGAAACUAACGAACGAACUUCGUCGAGUUUAUGGAGUAGCCAUCGACGCUGAAGCAACUUGGAAUCCGUUGUUCUUGGGAAACCUCGACCUGAAGGUCUGCUGACUUUUAAAAAAAAAAACUUAACACGCUGUCUCCGUAAUUCUCAAAAAGAGUGGGUACAAUAGAAAAAAUAUGUUUUGAUUUCGAUGAAACUUCACCCACUUUGAUAGUCUGUCAUCAGGAAUGCCGACGCAAGUUUUCAGACCGAUUCCUCCUACCGUAGCUAGGUUACGGUAGGCAGGUGCGUCUUUUCGUAUGUAAGAAUCUACGCGUUCUUUCUAGGCGUAUUGUAUAUCAAUCGAUAGGAAUUGCAAUUUUAGGAACUUUUUUUCAGUACAUACCAUCAUGGGUUACUGUAGAAAUUUUUUGAGUUAUGUUAAUUUUUGUGUCUGCGAUUUUGGUUUUUCCGUCACUCUGUGUGUUCGGGGAGAGACCACGGCUGGUAACUUUCCUGAAACAUUCUUCUCAGCAAUACCUACGAAGAAAUACCACUUUGAAAUGGAUCUGUCCUACCGGUCAUUUCGAAAAAUCGCUUCGAAGAGGCUCAACUUGGCAUUUCUCGGGGAAAAUCGCCCGCGGUUAGAGAUUUCUACCUCUCUUUUCUCGUCAGAUCCGGUGCUAAAGUUUGUUUCAUUUGUUAGUGCAGGGUUGUACUUCAUAGAUGAUAAUGUUCCCUCCGACUUUCAGCCUACCCUUCUAACAUAAAAUUCAGUUUGAAGCCGAUUUUGGCCUAAAAACAACGAUUCUCAGAUUUCAACGUUUUUUUCUGAGCUCAGUCCUACUGAGGCUGGGCUCCAAAGUGUCUUUCAUUACUUUUACAUGUUCCAUGAGCUAUUUGAUCAAGAAAAAACUGUGUUUGAGCCUACCCGUCUAGCUCAAAAUUCAAUUUGAAGCCUAUUUUGGCCUAAAAACAACGAUUCUCAGAUUUCAACGUUUUUUUCUGAGCUCAGCCCUACUGAGGCUGGGCUACAAAGUGUCUUUUAUUACUUUUACAUGUUACAUGAUUUUUUUGAUCAGGAAAAAACUGUGUUUGAGCCUACCCGUCUAGCUCUUAAUUCAACUUGAAGCCGAGUCUGGCCUAGAAACAGUGGUUUUCGAUAUUAUAUCACUCUUCUGGAGAAAUUAUUGAUAGAUAAAAUCUGUCUCUUAAAAUUUGAAUUUUGCUUUAGAUUGAAAUAAUCCAAAUUGAACCUGUUUUUCGAGCGCUUUUCGACUUUGAAGAUUUUGACGAGAAAAUAAAUAUUUUCAUGAACUUCUCUGUUCUCGAAACAUACCAUUCACAAAAUUUGGAAUACGUUCUAGUAUCAAGGCGCUGAGAAACUCUUUUAUGAAUUCGUUCAUCAGGGAUUCAAGCAAGAAUAGGCCAAACAUUGUCUUCAAACUGAAUUUUGAGCUUGACGGGUAGGCUCAAACACAGUUUUUUCCUGAUCAAACAAAUCAUGUAACAUGUAAAAGUAAUAAAAGACACUUUGUAGCCCAGCCUCAGUAGGACUGAGCUCAGAAAAAAACGUUGAAAUCUGAGAAUCGUUGUUUUUAGGCCAAAAUAGGCUUCAAAUUGAAUUUUGAGCUAGGCGGGUAGGCUCAAACACAGUUUUUUCUUGAUCAAAUAGCUCAUGGAACAUGUAAAAGUAAUGAAAGACACUUUGGAGCCCAGCCUCAGUAGGACUGAGCUCAGAAAAAAACGUUGAAAUCUGAGAAUCGUUGUUUUUAGGCCAAAAUCGGCUUCAAACUGAAUUUUAUGUUAGAAGGGUAGGCUGAAAGUCGGAGGGAACAUUAUCAUCUAUGAAGUACAACCCUGCACUAACAAAUGAAACAAACUUUAGCACCGGAUCUGACGAGAAAAGAGAGGUAGAAAUCUCUAACAGCGGGCGAUUUUCCUCGAGAAAUGCCAAGUUGAGCCUCUUCGAAGCGAGUUUUCGAAAUGACCGGUAGGACAGAUCCAUUUCAAAGUGGUAUUUCUUCGUAGGUAUUGCUGAGAAGAAUGUUUCAGGAAAGUUACCAGCCGUGGUCUCUCCCCGAACACACAGAGUGACGGAAAAACCAAAAUCGCAGACACAAAAAUUACCGUAACUCAAAAAAUUUCUACAGUAACCCAUGAUGGUAUGUACUGAAAAAGUUCCUAAAAUUGCAAUUCCUAUCGAUUGAUAUACAAUACGCCUAGAAAGAACGCGUAGAUUCUUACAUACGAAAAAGACGCACCUGCCUACCGUAACCCUAGCUACGGUAGGAGGAAUCGGUCUGAAAACUUGCGUCGGCAUUCCUGAUGACAGACUAUCAAAGUGGGUGAAGUUUCAUCGAAAUCAAAACAUAUUUUUUCUAUUGUACCCACUCUUUUUGAAAACUUUUGAAAAUUACAGAGACAGCGUGUUAACCAUGUAAAGCGCUUUAUUUCACUUUUUUUUUCUUGAAACGGGAGAAAAAAAAACCACAGAAGCCUUUCAUGCAAAAAUUUCCGUUGUUUUAUAAUAAUCCUCGUAGUAAAAUUCAAAUUAUUUUUUUCUUAAAGAAAAAAACGAAAAACUUUUUUUAUACAAAAAAAUAAAGCGACAUAGAUGGAUAGGACAAUUUUUCAAUUUGAGUUUGGGUUUUUCUUGUUUUUUUAGAUCAAUAAGAAAGCCAAUUAAGGCUAAAUAUGAAAAAGCUUCAUUUUCUUUUUAUCCUCAUCACCCCUCGAUUUAAUUAUUUCUUCUUUCAGAUCCUCCUGCUACACGCCUCCAUCACAGAGUAUUCCGGUGUCAUCGCAGCUCCCUAUGCAGAGUCAGGACGCGUUGGUUCGUCCACUUUCCAACUCCUUGAAAGAAAUUUCAUAAAAAACUUCCUCUUUUCACGUUUUAAAACGUAUAUUCGGUUUCAAGCUCUAGACUCUCAGGACUUCACUGGACAAACAGCACUUGCACCGUUCUUUCGGGCUCAGUUUCACGAUCAACCGAUUCAUCUGGAUUUGCAAACAAAGAAACUUUCGCCCCCGGCAAGUGUUCUAAUCCGAUUUUCUUAUGAGCAGGAUUUGUCCAGGAGCUAAUUUCCGUCACGGCCAGUUCGAGUCAUACGUAUACUCUUUCACCGCUGACACGUACUUGGCAUGCUACGGUAAUAUUCUUGAUUAUCCUUCUCUCGAAGUCCUUUUCUUGAAGGUCGAGGAGUGGUGCCGACUUCUGGCGUUUGGACGAUCCUGAGCGGCUUGGCGAAUGGAGAGCCCCUGGCGGCAGGAAAUUUGUUCAAGGAUUACUUCCGCGGUGUCUUCCAGAACACUUUUGCGGCAGUUUCUCAAGUCUUCCGCCACUACAAGCAAAAAGCCACCGGACGUUCUGACCUCUAA